AUGGCACAAUCCUACGCAGUCUUGGGCGCCACUGGCAACGUUGGCCAGUCCGUCCUCCAGAGCCUGAUGGACAACAAUCGGGAAAUCCAUGCCUACUGUCGCUCGAGACAGAAACUCAAGAAACUAUCGCCACAGAUCGCAAAAGCAAGCAACGUAAAGGUGUUCGAAGGCAGUCUUUCAGACUCCGCGCUCUUGGCCGACUGCCUGCGCGGGACCCGAGCUGCAUUCCUUGCUGUUGCAGCUACCGGCAACCAGCCGGGUUGCUCUAUCGCACAGGAAACCGCGCACAAAGUCAUCUCUGCGCUGGAAGAGCUCAAAGCGUCGCAUCCAAAUGAACGACUGCCGAAGCUGGUCGUGCUCUCAUCAGCUUCCACCGAGCAUAGAUUGAUGUACGACUCGUCCAACCUGUUCCUUAACAUCCUGUACCGCGCCUUCUCCAACAUUUACGACGACCUAAAAGCGGCCGAACAAUAUCUACGAUCAAAGGACGCGCUCGUGUCCGUGACAUUCAUCAAGCCCGGAGCCUUGUCCGUCGACAGUCCAAAAGGUCACGUCAUCAGCUUGGAUCACGCCGUGACACCAUGCACUUUCUUGGACCUGGGCGGCGGAAUGUUGGAGGUUGCUGAUGACGAUACUGGUCGAUAUGACAUGAAGAGUGUGGCAAUCAACUCAAACGGGAAGGUCGCUUUUCCUUGGCAAGCGCCUUUGUUGAUGAUUCGGGGAUUGAUUGUGCACUUUCUGCCUUUCAUGUACAAAUUUGUGGGCUAG